AUGCACUUAUUUCGCACAAAUGAUACGGUAACCAGGAGCUGUUUACUAAACACAACUGAUAACACAGAUGCCUUUAGGGUCGCGCUUGUUGGUAUUGUAGGAUCGAUUGUCGCUUUGGUAAGUUAAUGAUAAUAUUACUCGAAACCGGCAAUUCUACAACUAUCUUAACUAUAUUAGUACUCCAACAUACUGUUUUUAUGUUUUACAUUGUAAUCCUGCUAUUUCAGAUAUCAUUUAUAGAGAACAUUUUACUGUUUUACGUAUUCUCGACGUCGCGAAAGUUGCGGCGACAAAAUUAUGCAAAUCCAGUGUUGCUGGCCUUCUUCGACACUGUCGUAUCAGUCUGUUACAUGUUGACAGUAUGUGUUCCUGUUAUGGCAUACACAGCUCACAGCCAGGAGUGGAUUCGAUUAUGGGCCAAUUACAUGCGAAUCACUUAUGUCAUCAAGGUAAUGUUGGCUACUUGAACUGGUUUAACGUAACAUUAUAUGAUGUUUAAAUCUCACAAUAGGCUUUAAAAACCUUUAUAAAGUUGAUGGCUACUUCAUUAUUUAUUUUUCAGCACUUCGCCUUGACUGUGUCCAACUUUUUGUUAGUCGUUGCUAGCUUGGAACGGUACCUCGCCAACGGGCCUAUCUUAAAACAAGUAAGUGAAAGGAACUAAUGUUAUUUAUAUUGCUGAAUCGAAACAUAUUAUAGUAUCCAGCUAUUGUGAGAUCCUCCAAUUUCAAUAUUUCCAGAGUUUCCAGAAGCGAUUACUGGUGAUAAUAGUAGGUAACAAAGCUCUGGUGAUCUUCUUCAUCUUCUUCUUCGCCUUUCUCUUCAAAGCCACUUUGUACUUCGAGACUGACCUUCUCGAGAUUGACUGUCAUCCAGUCGAGCAAAUCCACCCGAUAUGGCUUGAUGAAGUUGAGAUUGGCGCGGCCUUGGAUUGGCCAGUGUGGAGAUUCUGGAUUCGGAAAGUUUUCACGAUUAUACUGCCGUUCCUGAUUCUGGCCUUCUGUAACGCCCACAUCGUGCUUCACUUGCGACGGAAGCGGCGAAAGUCGGAGCGACAACACUUCACUGGGCCUCCACCUACCAUCGGGGUUACGGUAACACGGUAUCCGUUGAAGAAGAAACUGAGAACGUCGCAGAGAACGGUGUCGCAGUCCGAAUCCACACGGUCCUUCAAAAGUCGAGGAUCGUACAUCAUGAAGCAACGCUACAGUGAGAAGCGAGGGGUCAGAGUGGCGACACGAACUCUGGUGAUGGUGGUGGGAUGUUACCUCAUAUCAAACUCGGUAUCUACUAUCAUCAACAUCUGGGAAUACCUGGACUCGACGUUCUUCAGAUACGAUCACUACUACUUCUACCUGGUCGCUUCUGAUCUGGCAGGAUUGGUAGGUUCAUAAUAUUAUACAUAUACUAUGCUUUUAAACUUUAGCAUCCAUGACAAAAUAAAAUAGUGUGCCAUAUGUUGUUUCUUCAUAUUAUAUAUGUUUCCAAUGUCAAUUAUAUGAUGUAACCUUGUUUUAGCUGACAAUAUGUGGUUGUGCCUUGCGACUGCCGAUCUAUGUCAUUAACGAUCACCGUAUCCGGAACGCUCUCUACCGUGCCUUCCUUCGUCUGCGCUACUGCUACAGAAAGCCGGACCUAAGCGACUUUGACAACGGGAAUCUGGAGAAGUGGUCGAUCGUGAUCGUGUCGAACAGUUUAAGAAGUAACGUCACGGGUAUCCCGGUAACUCAGGAGAAGAAGAGUCUGGACCAGCUGGCGAUGUUGGUCCAGAAUCGCGGCAAAUUCUUGGUUCAGAUGACCGUGAAUCUAGGGAACGGCAGAGCAAUUCAUGUGGACGACGGGUCUCUCGACUAUACCACUUUCCUGACUGACAUUGUGGAAGAACAGCUCGAACUGACUGGGGAAGCGAGGUAAACAUUAUAAAUAAUACAGGUUUGCCAGAUUAAAAUUAUUAAAAUUCAAAAAAUAAUCAAAUUUAAGUAGUAUUAUAAGAUACUUAUAUUACACUAAACAAAAGGCGAGACAAAACAAUUAGUCAAGUAACUUAACAACAACUAACGUGAACUUGUUGCACUAAUAACUAACCAUUCAGGAGACUUCUGGAGCCAUCAAAUGAAGUUCCUCAGAUCAGAGAGUUAUCAGUGUCAAGGAGAAGCUCAUACAGGUCAAAGCACAACAUAUCAGACAUUAAACCAACAGAUAUUGAGGAUGACAGACAAACAUAA